AUGAUCGACUCCUGUUGCGGCUCUGGCUUCUCCUCCCUGAGCUGUGGGGGAGGCUGCUACCGCGACCCCUGCUGCUGUCUCCCCGUGUCUUCCCAGACCACCGUGUGCCGCCCCGUGACCUGCGUGCCCCGCUGCACACGCCCCAUCUGCGAGCCCUGCCGGCGCCCCGUCUGCUGUGACCCAUGCUCCGGGCAGGACGGCUGCUGCUGCCCCAUCUUCUGCUGCCCCACAUCCUGCACGGCCGUGGUCUGCCGCCCCUGCUGCUGGGCCUCCACCUGCUGCCAGCCCAUCUCUGUGCAGGCCCCCUGCUGCCGCCCCCCCUGCUGCCAGCCUGCCGCCUGCCGCAGCACCUGCAGGACCUCCUGCUGCUGAGCAGCUCUGCACAGAACACUGUCAGGUGUGCAGAAACAUGCAAACUCUUCCCAUCCCUUAUGGAUCAGAUGAGAGAUACCGCCUUUGCAAGCUAUCAGCUCUUCAACAACUAACUCAACAAUAACUGUCUAUCCAGUUUCCCACAUAAUUAUGCAGUUAAUCCUGGCCCUCUUUGACAAUGGUUAGAAAAAUUCCAGCUUCCAUCAUUUGAAUUCCUGGCUUGAAAAAAAUGAGUAAAUAAAGAUCAAAGUUCGUCUUGAAUGAGCCUGUCCCACUGACUCAUCAUCACUUCUCUACUA